AUGUAACAACUACUGAAAUAGUUUAUGAAUUAAUACAGUCCGUUGUCCAGUCUCUGUCUCAUUCAGUCAUGUGCUGCUCGGCUCCCACCCUUUCUCCCUCGAAUCUUCUUCUCAUGCUUCUCCACUCUCUCCCCAUUUUCUCUCAUCUUCUUCAAAUCACUCAUUAAUUCUGCAUUAUUUGAUGCCUGGAGAUCAUUCUUGAGCUUCUAAACUGUUUGUGCUUUGUAUUAUAAAUUGAGCUUUGAGGCCCAGAAGAUUUCCAGGUUAUAAUAGUUUGUUUGUUGAUUCAGCUUGAUUUUUGGAUUAAUGGGUAUGUGGGGUUUGAGGGUUUUGAUGCAAUUUUGAGUUGAAUGAUGAAAGUCGAAUGAAUCUAUAGAAAAUUGGGAUUUAGGGUUAUUUAGAAUCUAUGGUUUUGGUAAUGUGUAAUUUGAGGAGUGUUUUUGUGAUCUUUUAAGACCAUGAACAUCUUCAGUAGUGGUUCAUCUAUCAGUAGGAGUACAUCUACAAAUAGGAAGAAUGCCACUGCUAUUGGUAGUCCAAAAGUGUUUCUCCAUAAAGAUAAGUCAGACAACUCCUAUGGACUUCGUCGGGAUAGCUUGAUCUCUCGGAAUUUGUGUUUUCUCUUCAUUACUGGACCAUUGAUCACCUUUUACUUGUGUUUAUCUUUUGGGUAUUUCAAUAUUUUUCCCAAUUUCGGGUUGGUAUUUCCCAAGUAUGGUGCUUCAUCGAGUAAGUGUGAUGUCUUUGAUGGGAGUUGGGUAUCGGACUACAACUAUCCUUUGUACAAUUCUUCUGAGUGUCCUUUUGUGGAACAAGGUUUCAAUUGCUUGGGCAAUGGGAGGAAGGAUAAAAAUUACCUUAGAUGGAGAUGGAAGCCCAAAGAUUGUGACAUCCCUGCUUUUAAUGCAUCUAACAUAUUGGAAAGGCUUCGAGGUAAAAGGGUUGUUUUUGUGGGAGAUUCUAUGAGUCGGACACAAUGGGAGUCCUUUAUAUGCUUGCUUAUGACAGGAGUGGAGGACAAGAAUAGUGUUUACGAAGUAAAAGGAAGGAACAUAACGAAAACCACGAGACACUUGGCUGUUCGCUUUCGUUCCUUUAAUUUAUCUGUGGAGUUUUAUCGGUCCGUUUUCUUGGUUCAACCUGGUAUUGCAACAAAGCAUUCUCCAAAGAGAGUGAAGUCAACACUCAAGCUUGACAAAAUGGAUGACAUCAGUAAGGAAUGGGUUAAUUCAGAUGCAAUAAUAUUCAACUCGGGACAUUGGUGGAUACCGUCAAAGCUAUUUGAAAUGAGUUGCUAUUUUCAGUUAGGUGGUUCACUGAAGCUUGGGAUGUCAAUACCUUCGGCCUUUAAAAAAGCUAUGGCCACCUGGGCUUCAUGGGUGGAAGCUUCAGUAGAUUCAAAAAGAACACGUGUUUACUUUCGUACUUUUGAGCCAUCUCACUGGAGUAUCCAAUCCAGCGCACAUUGCACGGUGAUGCAAUUUCCAGAAUCAGAUUAUGAUUUUAAGCAUCAGAGCCCAUUCUCAGAUGUGGUAAUUGAUAUAGUGAAGAAGAUGAGAUUUCCUGUUAAAAUGUUGCGUAUCACUUCCAUGUCAGCUUCUAGGGGUGAUGCACAUGUAGGCAACUGGAGUGACCGUAAAUCUUUUGCUGAUUGUAGCCACUGGUGUCUGCCCGGGGUACCUGACUUUUGGAAUGAAAUUCUGUUGUCUGACCUUUUCUCUGACAAGGUACUGCCUAAAAAUGAUUGGAAUAGUGUUGAUGUCAAUCUUUCAAGUCAAGGUAAUCCUUUUUUCCAUUUGUUUAUUGGAUUUUGUUAUGCUGAAGGUUCACGAAUAGUUUCCAAAUGGAAUUCUAUACAGAAAGAGGCUGUUAGCCUAUUGACUAAAAUGAGAAAGUUCAAGUUGGAUUCUUCGACUUAUGUACUCCAUUAUACAUUACUUGUCUUCUAUUUGAUAGGACAGAUACACAUUGGAGAAAUUGCAGCGUUUGUAUCAGUACAGAGAUUUUCUGCUAAAGAGACUGCCCUUUGGCCUUCACUACAGAUUUUUCCUUCCACGAUUUGUGUAUGA